UACGAAAAAGACAUUGACAAAUUCAAACGGCCAUCAGCUCAAGUCUCUCGCUUCAACAACUGCAAUUCCAAAGCUUGAAACCCUAGAAUAGACCAUAGACAGAUCGUUUGAAUCACCGCUCUAUUUCAGUAGCUGAUUUUGGUAAUAACAUUCUGGUAUUGGUAAUCGAAGGAAUUGUCUGUUGAUACGACACUACUACUGAACCCUGCAAAAUCAUGUUAUUUGAGGAAAGCAGAAAUAGUGUUAGAGAAGUGAAAGCUGUGUCUUCUAUUGGAUUCGUAGUGAUGUCUGCUGAAAAGCAAAAGGAAGUAGAGGUUCAAGAUGAACUUGCUGAUUCAUUAAACGAUCUCUUCGCCAGUGUUUCAACCAUGGUCAAAGGUGAAAUUCAGGGGACAAACAAUCUGUUGGAUCUUUUGGAGAAAAUGAAUCUAAGAGUUGCUGAAGAGUAUAAAGGUUUUGGUGAUGUGGCUUCUGGGUUGAGGGUUUUCGUGGAGCAGUUGCAGUCAAAAAGUGGCAGUUUUGAUGAGUAUGUUCAGCAAAUUGAUACAAUAGAGCGGCAAGUUACUGAAUUUGAGGCUGUAAUUUCAGUGCUUGAUCAAUAUGUAUCCAUGUUAGAAUCAAAAGUACAAUCUGUGUACCAACAUCCACCAUCAUAAAUAAAAGGGUAUAUUCUUUGCCGUUUUGA